CACAACUCGGUGUUUUGUUUAGAGAAGAUGUAUUUAAAAAAAUAAUAAAAAAAAUUAUGAUUUCAGCCAGAGCAUACAGCUGUCUGCUGUCAUGUGUGUCUAUGGUGUAAUCAGCGACCAUAUAAAACACACACACAUACAAGGCAGCAGCACUUCCUUCUCUCGACAGCACGCCUGCGUAACCGGAACAGACUUCCAAAUCACGUGGACGGGCUGCAGCGCGUUCACGUCAGCUGCGUUCCAUUUGGAGAUCGUCUCCAGAGCAACGCGAGCGUGACCGUGUGUCACGCGACAGUACUGUGACACUGUGUUUUUUUUUUGUUGACUUCCAGUUCUCCUUUGACAAAGUGCUGAUUUAAAGCCAACACAAAUAAGGUAAAUAUUAUCUAUGUUAAUGGAGAUAUUGGAAGAGCACUAGGACGUAUUUCAAUACAUAAAGGUUGUAAAUUGUCCUCACCAAGAAGAACCUAAACCUUGAAGUUGUUUGAGAAUGGCCAACAACAGGGAUGACAAUGAGAGCACCCCUCUGUUGGACUCUACUGGGAACAGUAGAUCUUCACCACCAUCAGUUUUCCAGGGAAGAAGACUGGCAUGUGCAGCCGUCCUGCUGGCUGAAUCACUAGAAAGGAUUGCUUUCUAUGGCAUCACAUCCAACCUGGUCCUUUUUCUCAACGGCAGUCCCUUUUACUGGGAGGGCACUCAGGCGAGCCAGACACCCCUGAUGUUCAUGGGAGUUACUUACCUGAUUUCACCGUUUGGAGGCUGGUUGGCGGAUGCAUACUUUGGAAAAUUCUGGACAAUUGUUUCAAGUUUGAUCCUAUAUUUUCUUGGCAUGCUAUUUUUCCCUUUUAUUUCUGAUGAAGACACCAGGACACAGAUGUGUGGAGAGGAGUUGGCAUUUCCUGUGCAACCUGCUGAGUGUCUGAGCACAAACAUUACCCUUCCAAGCAAUAUAACCUGCCCCAUACGCAGCCCGUAUUGUGGCCCAGCGGUCUACGGUGGGCUUUUCUUAAUUGCAUUAGGCGUGGGUACUGUGAAGUCCAACAUCACUCCGUUCGGGGCAGAUCAGGUCAAAGACAGAGGACCAGAGGCCACACGCAGAUUCUUCAACUGGUUCUACUGGUGCAUCAACUUAGGAGCCAUCCUGUCUCUGGGAGGCGUGGCCUACAUACAACAGAACUUCAGCUUUAAGAUCGGCUACAUCAUUCCCACUGUGUGCCUCGGGAUCUCCUUCCUGGUCUUCCUCCUGGGCCGGACCGUCUUCAUCAGCAAGCCGGCUGACGGCAGCGCCUUCACAGAUAUGUUCAAGAUCCUGACCUUCGCCUGCUGCUCUAAGAAACCAAAGGAGCCUAACCUGCUCCGCAACAAACCUACCCUGCUGGACAGUGCCAAAGUGACCUAUGGAGGAAAAUAUCCGGAAGAGAAAGUAGAGGAAGUGAAAUCCCUGUUGAAAAUCCUUCCAGUUUUUUUUGCACUUAUCCCAUACUGGACUGUGUACUUCCAGAUGCAGACAACAUACAUCCUGCAGGGCCUCCAUCUGAGGAUUCCUGACAGUGCCUCAAACAUCUCUGCUGACUCCCACACGAUGACGUUCCGCUUCCCUGCCGCCUGGCUCACCAUGUUUGACGCAGUGCUCAUCCUUAUGCUGAUUCCCCUUAAGGACAAAGUGGUGGACCCCAUCCUGAAACGCCGCGGCCUGCUGCCUUCCUCUCUGAAGAGGAUUGCGGUCGGGAUGUUCUUUGUUAUGUGCUCGGCCGUGGCAGCGGGUAUUUUGGAGACCAAACGCCUGGAGAUCGUCAAAUCAAAUGGUACCAUUGACCAGGUGCUUGGCAACGUUAUCUACUACGCGGCAGAUUUACCCAUAUGGUGGCAAGUGCCUCAGUAUGUGCUGAUAGGAAUCAGCGAAAUCUUUGCCAGCAUUGCAGGUCUGGAGUUUGCAUAUUCUGCAGCCCCCAAGUCCAUGCAGAGUGCCAUCAUGGGGCUCUUCUUUUUCUUCUCUGGGGUUGGCUCCUUCGUGGGCUCCGGUUUGUUGGCGAUUGUCUCCCUCAGGGAGAUUGGCUGGAUGUCAUCACACAAAGACUUUGGUAAUAUCAAUGACUGCUCUCUGCACUACUACUUCUUCCUCCUGGCAGGGAUUCAGGGCGUCACCUUGCUGGUCUUCCUUAUUAUCUCUUUUAAGUAUGACAAGCAGAGGGGCAAAACGGGAAGCCAAAGGCAGAGACACCUCUCCUCUUGACCUACUCGCACGUCUCCAUAUCCCCCUCACCACACCUGCCUUUUCCAGUCAUAUCGCUCAGUGCCCAAAGACCCUGUUGAAUAGGUACUACUUUGUAUUUCGUAUUUAUGUUUAUUUGAGCUUUAAAGUUGUGACUCUUUGUCCAGUCUUUAUAACAAUAAUGAUAUUUCAUCACUAGAUGAAUGAACAGCUACCACUGAAAGUAUAGAGAUUAAUACAUGAGCCAUGUUUGAAUCAUUUUUACGGUACUCCCUUACCCCUGUGUGUUUACUAUUGUUGCCUUUGAUCAUUUGCACUUGACUUGAGGAGUGGUGCCAUAAUAUCUAGAUAUUUUCUGAUCACGAAGAAUGCUCAGUUGUUUUUAUAGUUGAAUUUUUACUGUUUGUGCUCUAACAAAGUCUUAUUUUUGGACUUACUCUUUUGCUUACCAUUUUACUGGCCCUGGUGUAAAACAUCAGUAUUUACAUGAUUUCUGGACUUCAAUCCACUGAUGUGAAAGUUUGUGAAUUAACGGUACAUAUUCUGCAUCAUUUCUUGAUUACAAUAACCCCUAUUGGGCUUUUAGAGAGAGGUUCAAAUGCCUAUCCAGUAACAUAAUUGUUAUUGAAUGGGAAAUGUGUUUUAACUCCUGAGGUAGUUUUAUGUUGUUGCAGAAAAUCAGUGCUUUUAAUGACAGAAUAGGGCUCUUGUUUGAGGAUACUCCAAAGAAACUCACUAAUAUUUAACUCAUCUAUUUUUCAAAUCUAAUAUAGAGAGAAAAAACCUCCCACUGCCUGCGAUUACAUACUGUAAAUCCACAUAAAUCCGUUAUAAAUCCUCAAACAGAUCCAUACAUGAAUAAUAAUAACUAAAAAUACUCCAUGACUCUGAGGCUUUGAGCAGUUUUUCAUUUCUGGUCAAGCUGCAAAACUGCAUGACAAACAACUAAUUCGAAACAAACCUUAAGCUUAACAGGCAACCUUGAGUGUAGCUCGUAGAAGAUCCCCUGCAUUAAUGCUUUGAUCAUGAUAAAAAAAAGUGCAGACUUAAGAUAUAAAAAAGAAAAACGUAACCCAUUCACAGUGACAUCUUCUUCAAAGUUAUAAUUCCAGAGCAAAAUAAAGCACAACUUUCACAGUAUUUGUUGUCAGGGACAGUUUUACAGUGUUAUCAUGGCUUUGCAGCUUUGCCAGGAAAUCUUGAAAAAUAAGUUCUGUAUUCUGGUAUUUAUUAGACUGUGAUGCUUUUGUUUUAGCUUUAUACUGUUAAGAAAAAUGCUUGUGUGUGUUGCUUCAAUUUUCAGUGUAGGUACAGCACAAGUUAAAAAAAACUCUCAGGGCUCAAGGAAUAGUGUAACAGCACAUAUAAAACAAGAAGCUAUUUUCUGUGUUUUAAUUGGUCAGAUAAAUCGAUUUUCCUUGUUUUAUUGUAUAUUCCAUACUUUCUUUGUCAUAUCAGUCCUCUUCAGAAAGAUUUAUUAUGUUUAUUUUUGAAUUCUAUUCUGUUUUCAUGAUGCUACAGAACUGGUACAUUGUUUUGUGGUUAUACAUUUGU